AUGGGAUCGACGCGUCCUGCGCUCGGCGCACACCAUUAUCCCCCGGCAUUGGGCCCAUCUGCCCAAGCCUCCAUCAAGUCACAGCCCCAUCUUCACCCCUCACCGCUACCACUCCAGCCUAUUAUCGAGAACCCAUUGCUUCCACCCGCUGGCACGCACAGGCCAUCACCGACCAAAGGACUGUCCACCCAGGGCUCACAUCCCGGGCGAAAACUCGGUUUCGUUCCUAUCACUGCCCCAAACCCUCCCAUGUUCACCACCGACUCCCCUACCAAGAAGCCGCCUUUCCCCAUCUACACCCAGUCCUCCAUGCCGCCGCAAUCGGCUCUCUUCACCACCUUUCCCAGCAUCAACCUUGAGGCCUCCAAGGAGAACCACCACCCCGAGGACUCGGCUCAUGGUAGCUUUGCCGACUUCCCUGAACCGUCCUAUGAAUCCAAGGCUCCCAUAAAGCGCACCCUGAUGGAAGCUGCUCCGCUCAAGGAGCGCCCUAUGAAGAAGCAAAAGUGCGAAGACGCGCCGGUCCACCAACUGCCUGAGCCAGAUCAGAUGCCGACGAUUGAGGAUGACGGCACCAAGCCGCCAUACAGCUACGCGACUCUGAUUGGCAUGUCCAUCUUGCGCGCGCCCAACCGACGGUUGACCCUGGCUCAGAUCUACAAGUGGAUUUCCGACACCUUUUCCUACUACAAGAACAGCGACGCGGGCUGGCAGAACAGUAUUCGACACAACCUCAGUCUCAACAAAGCCUUCAUCAAGCAGGAGCGGCCCAAGGAUGACCCCGGUAAGGGUAACUACUGGGCUAUCGAGCCUGGUAUGGAGGCGCAGUUCCUAAAGGACAAGCAAGUGCGACGCGCCACUAUGUCCAGUCUUCCUAUUCCCGCCGUUCCACAAAGAGAAAUCGUUCCCCAGCCGCAAAGCGCAAGCACUACAACUUGGAUGGUACCACCUCCGCCUACGCGACAGCCUCCCCCGCCCAAGGUCUCGGUCCGAAACGAGGAUUUGUCCUCCGAUGCGACUUUGCCGGCAUCUGAUCCGGCAUUGCAAGAAGACACUGGCACCCCUCCUACUCCUACUCAUCAAGCCGGCCCUACGCCGGCUCAGCCCAAGCGGAAGCGCAAGUCCAUUUCGAUGAAUGAUAGUGGUUAUUUCUCGUCAUUGGAGUCUUCUGCCCUUCGGCCCAAUAAGGCCGGUCAUAUUCUGACCUCUGACCUGGACAUUGAGCCUCCACGUAUCAAACGUGGCCGUGCCGAGGAAGAGAUUGCGCGCAUUCGCAGCUCGUCUCACGAUAUCAGCCCUGGCCAACCGGCUUCUCGCAAAGACGGCCGGACUUUAGUUGGCUCUUCUCCUCUUCGAGGCGAGUAUGUGAGCAUGCUCCCGCCACCCUUGACGCCAAUUAUCAAGUUCAAGAAGCCAGCUAAGCCUCCGCCAUCGGUGUCGCCUAAUACCAACCUCCGCAAUCAUCGCCGCAAGAUUCAACAAAUGGUCAACUCGCCUAUCAAGCAACUGGGUAUCGUUGAUGAUGAGCUCCCGUGGAGUCCUGCCUUCAACCUUGAAGUGGAUACUCUAACCCCUGCGGAUCACUUCCACACCACCUUUGACGUUUUUGCCGAUGCAAGUGCGGAUGCGUGCAUCUCUUCCGCAGCAUUUGGUUCUCCCGAGAAGCGUUCGACAAAGCGUGCGCGUAUGGAUUCUGGAAGCCAUGCGCUUAUCGACAUUAGCAACUCGACUAUCAAUAGUCGACUGAGCAUGCCUUCGCUCGCCCGGUCCAAGUCAUCUAUCUUCCCAGAGUCCCCAUCCAAGAUGUCGGACGGGACUCGCCUUGGGGAUACCGGCCAAGAUGAUUUCUUCUCCUUUCACCUCUUCGAUGAAACCAGUGACAGCCCCACCGAGGUGGACGGUGUUGAUCUGUUGCAAGGUUUCCAGAAGAUUGGUGGCUCGAGCAAGGAUGACACAUUGAAGCCAAAGACGCUUCAUACGCGGCCUCAUUUGAGUAACCGCAGCAACUCUACCAUGUUUUAA